AUGGAGGGUGAGGCUGAGGCGACCACGCUGUCGCUGGCGCUGUCCAACUGGACGACGGCGGCGUACAGCCGCAACCGCAACGUGGAGGGCGCCGCCUUCUGCUGGCUCGUCGGCUGCUACUCGCUGCUCAUCGUGCUGGGCGCCGCCGGCAACUCGCUCGUCGUCUGCGCCGUGGUGCGCAAGCGCGCCAUGCGCACCGCGCGCAACCUCUUCAUCGUCAACCUGGCCGUCUCAGACCUGUUGCUCUGCCUCGUCACCAUGCCGCUCACGCUCAUGGAGAUCCUCACCAAGUACUGGCCGCUCGGCCGCGAGCCCGUCGUCUGCAAGAUGCUCGGCACCCUGCAGGCGACGAGCAUCUUCGUGUCGACGAUGAGCAUCACGGCGAUCGCCUUGGACCGCUACCACGUGAUCGUGUACCCGACGCGCGAGAGCCUCAAGAAGGUGGGCGCGGCGGCCAUCCUGUCCCUCAUCUGGCUGCUGUCGCUGGUGCUGGCGUCGCCCAUGUUUGUGUGGCGCUCGCUGGACCAGCACGAGCUCAACCUGCCGGGCCUCCAGUACGUCUCCUACUGCGUCGAGAAGUGGCCCGUGGCGCACGGCCGCGCCUACUACUCGGCUUUCUCGCUCGUUUUCCAGUACCUGCUGCCCAUCAUCACCGUCACCAUCGCCUACUCGCGCAUCUGCAGGAAGCUCCGCUACAGGUACGUGAAUCCCGCGUCGAUGGUGUCGCGGUGCGGCAGCACGCCGGGCACGUCUGCAGCGAACGGACGGGGUGCCGGGGGCGGCGCUGGAGGCGCUGCUGGGGGCGGUGCUGGGGGUGGCGGAGGCGGGCUGCAGUACGCCGCGUCGACGCGCGCCCGCAAGGGCAAGGACGACCGGCGCAUGCGGCGCACCAACGCCCUGCUGUACUCCAUCGCGCUCAUCUUCUGCGUCAGCUGGCUGCCGCUCAACAUCUUCAACCUCGUCGUGGACGUGUGGAACCCGUUCAGCGGGUCGCAGGCGAUGCUGGUGACGUACGCAGUGUGCCACAUGAUGGGCAUGUCGUCGGCGUGCUCCAACCCGCUGCUGUACGGCUGGCUCAACGACAACUUCCGCAAGGAGUUCCUGGAGAUCGCGGCGGCGCUUUGCCCGUGCGCGCCCGCCGCCCAGGCCGCGGUGCGCGAGCGCGUCGGCUCCCUGCGCUCCAGCCUCGCCGGCCGGGGGCGGCGCGGGGAUUACAUCAUGUAUGCCCUAUAG